AUGUCCAAGUUGGGCCGCCUCUUUGGCGUCUCCUCCUCCUCCCUCCACCUCCUGUCCCUUCACGAAAAGGACAAGGACAGACAAAAGUCUCCUGAAAGACAACAGCUGAAAACACCAGACAGAGAAAAAUGGCUGCUUCUGCCGCUGCUGCUGGCGCCCCAGUCCCCCCACGGCGUCCUGGUGGCGGAAUUCGCCAAAAUCGCCUCGCCCCCGAUCCCAGAAGACGAUGUUUUGUACCCCUUGCCAGCUGACAGAAAAGCAAACGCCACGCUGCCGUCAGGCGCUUCGGUCAACUCCGACUCCAACGGCGCCUCCGCCAACUCCUACGACCACUUGGUCCAUCCACAGCCGCUUAUGCUGGCUCUCCACGACGGCUUUGCCCAGAAACUGCCGCCCUCAUCACGGCCUCUGUCUGCCAACUCCCACCAGGCCCCACGGAAAACCUCCGGUCUGGGGCCAAGCGGGCUUCUGGCACCUCCUGCUCCGGGCCUGAAACUGGCGUCGGUGCUGAGAUCGCUGAGUGCUAAGAGAAAGACUCCGCAAAGCACGCUGCGGUCCCUGGCCAAUGUGCUGCCGCUGGCGUCCCAGACAAACUUGCCAGCGGCUCCUCCAAAGCUGCGCUUCAAGAUGAUCGAGGACGGCUACCACGAGCACAAUCUCCGUGCCACGAAGCGCCAGGAGAAGCUCAGCAAUAUGCUUAAGGACCUCUUGGGUGCGAAGAAACUCCGAGACGAGGCCAAGCUGGCGGUGCCCAACAUCCUCUCGCCCGUGCAGAACAACGAAAACAAGCCCGACCCGGAGAAACCACCCACGCUUUUCGCCGGCUUGGUUCACCAGGUCAAAAACAACACCUCUCCUUACCAGGAGCACGGCGAGCUACUAGACCCCAUGAGCCAGCAGGACUGCCGUUCCUUCGUUGAAAAGUACGGCCGCUGCCAGGAGGUGAUUGGCAAGGGCUCGUUUGGCGUGGUGAGAGUGGCCCACAAGAAGGUCGAGGCUACUAGCGCCGACGAGGUCUUGUACGCCGUGAAGGAGUUCAGGAGAAAACCCAACGAGUCCGAAAAGAAGUAUUCCAGGCGUUUGACGUCAGAGUUUUGCAUAUCCUCCUCCUUGAAGCAUUUGAACAUCAUCGACACCCUAGACUUGCUCAAGGACGCCAAGGGCGACUACUGCGAGGUGAUGGAGUUCUGUUCUGGUGGUGACUUGUACACAUUGAUUAUUGCUGCUGGAAAAUUAGAGUACGCUGAGGCUGACUGCUUCUUCAAGCAGCUCAUACGAGGUGUCAACUACAUGCAUGAUAUGGGUGUCGCUCAUCGUGACUUGAAGCCGGAGAACUUGCUUUUAACUCAGCAGGGUGUGUUGAAAAUCACCGAUUUUGGUAAUGGUGAGUGCUUCAAGAUGGCCUGGGAAGAGGAAAUCCAACUCAGUGAAGGCAUUUGUGGCUCCAGCCCUUACAUCGCCCCAGAAGAGUUCACCCAGGAGUCGUUUGACCCCCGUUGCGUUGACAUCUGGGCCUGCGGUGUCAUUUACAUGGCCAUGAGAACCGGUCGCCAAUUGUGGAAGUUGGCCGACCCCAAAAAGGACGAGUUCUUCCAGGAGUACUUGACAAAGCGUAAGGACGCUACUGGCUACGAGCCCAUUGAGGCUCUCAAGAGAGCUCGGUGCCGUAACGUUAUCUACUCCAUCCUUGAUCCGAUGCCCAACCGCCGUAUCAACGGCAAACAGAUACUUAAUAGUGAGUGGGGUCGUGAGAUCAAGGUUUGUGCCGCUGGAGACGGCCAGCUUCAAGCUUCCGUGCUCAAUGGGGUGCUGGAGUAG